AUGGCUACCGACCCAGUCCUCGCGACUAACCCGACAUGCAACUUGAAACUGCCUUAUGAACAACUGCGAUUUCUCAGUGACCUUCUUGGACCUGCGAACCUUCAGCCUGAACUCCCGAAGUGCAGUCAACUGAACCCCAGGCAAUCGACACUCUCCUACCACCGAAACAAUUUCCAGCCCAAGCAAGAUGUGCGGUAG